GUCCUUCAAGAUAAGAUGCCAAAGACACAAUGAGAAUACAGCUUCUUCGUCACUUUCUCUCUUCUUCCUUCUUCUGAAACAUCGCUCUCUUCACCCAGCUUUUUUCUCUGUGGAUUUGUACAACUGGUAAGUGGAUUUUAGUGUUAAUUUCUAAUUGCUUCUCUUCUCUGAUUCAUCAACAAAGACAAAAAAGGGUUAGUUGAUAGACAUGAAAGACCUUUCUCUGACCUUUUCUGGCAAAAAAAGGUCCAAGAUUUUUGUACGUGGACCAGAAAAAAUGUAUAAAAAGUAAGUUAUUUUGGUACGUUUUCAAUUGGAGCUUCAAAAAUUUAGUGGAUGUGGCCAAUUUUGGGUAGUAAAUUUGAUAUUCUCAUUUUAGAUAAUACAAAAUUUGGACUUUAUGACAUGAUGUGAGUAAAAAUUUACUUUCCAAUGGCAACCCUCAACCAAGACAGGGUCAAACGAGAUUUUCUUAAGAACGCUUUGAAUAAUAUCAUUCUAACUCAUGUAAAAGACAUUCUAUGUGUAGAGACAGUCUGCUAUGGUUGAGAUUCACCAAGGUUAAGGUCUCGGUUUCCAGCAGAUAAGUUUGUUUUGGGGACUUUGAAUCAGCAGAUGCGGGGUCUAUCAGCAAGAGGCUGCAAGAAAUGAUGAUAAAGUUUGGCCUUGUGAGGAAAAAGAUUUCAGUGCUAACUUUUCUAAUAGCCAAAAUGAAUGAGGUCCGAUCAAUUAUGGCUAAUAAAUCUUUAAAAACAAGUAAAGAGAGCUCCAUGUAAUCUGUACAGUGGCCCUGAAGUUCAGAAACACAUUUAUUUUAAUGACUUCAAAAGGCAUUUCUAUAAAUGCAAGAGACACAAACUCACUGCAAACAAACACCAAAAAAUUCAUAAAUGCAUUAAAAAAAAAAUGUUGGGGAACUCACAGUAAAAAAAUUCAAGAAAUACAAAAAAAGUUUCAGAAACACAAUGUAAAAAGUAGGCUAGUUCAAAAAAUAUGAACUAAAAUAUGAAUGAAAAACUAUAUUAGAAUUUAUUGAAUGCAAAAAUAAAACUGCAUUAAAAAUUUACAAAAUAAAAAUAUUUUAUAAACACCAAAACAUCUCUAAAAAUAAAAUAAUUCACAAAAUAUUAAAAUUGAUACAAGUUGAAGACUUUAUUCAAAUCCUAUUUAAUACCUCAUGAAAAAAAUGAUGUCACACAAAUAUGUUUUGAAACAAAAAAAAAAUUCUCCAAAAAUAUUUCAUGAAACACAAAAAGAAUUGGGUUUGCAAAAUAUUUUUCUGGCUCAUGAAAUUUUUUGUUUGAUGAAACAUAUUUUCUAAUUUAAUUUUGGUUGAACCAUCAAAUAUUUUUGUAUUGUGUCAGGUAUUUUUUGCCGUCUAAUUAAAUAUUUUGUUUUCCUUGGCUAUCUUGUGUUUCAUUAUAUAUUCAUGUUUGUGAAAAUGUUUUUGAUGCUACAAGUACAAGUUUUUUUUGUUUUGUUUUGUGUUGUUUUGUUCCUUAUUUAUUUAUUUAUUUUUUGCCUCACGAAAUGUUUAUGCAGUUACGGGCCAGGGCCUCUGAAUUUUAGGCCAUAGACUUUGACCCAGAAAUCACAGGCUCAACCUUUCCUAGCUGUGACCUUUUGCUGCAGGUGAACACCCGUUCUCUACCUGCCAUGUUUCUUCUCGAUUUUCAGCUGUCCAACCCUAAAAAAGGAACUUGGAUAACAUGAGGCUUCUCUAAGGCCUGGCCUCACUAAAACCCAAACAGUGCAAACACUGUCCAUAAUGAAGUGGUGGAUGUCUGUGAAGUCUUGAUGGACUAUUUCUGUCAUUUCAUAGACAGCAGGACAACUGGCGACUGAAAUGGGCGAAUGGGAUCUUCUGGGCCGCCUGCUGGAUAAAGUGCAGAGCCACUCCACAGUGAUAGGCAAGGUCUGGCUCACGGUGCUGUUUGUCUUCCGUAUCCUGGUCCUGGGAACCGGCGCUGAAAGGGUCUGGACACAAUUUUACAUCAACAUCAUAUAGAUACAAGGAGUUAGCUACAAUGAUAGUGUUAAUCCUUAGUUUGGUUUGGACAUGGUCAACAGUCUAGAUUUUGAAUGUCUCAAAAUUGAGGUCAGAAAGGCCAGAGAUACUAACGCCUGAGAAUUCAAAUCACUUUGUAGUUCCAAGACAAUGAUUCAUUCCCUAUAAAACACUAAACUACUUUAAGUUUAUGAUUUUCUGCAUCAUCUUUUUUUUUCUUUCAGGUGUGGGGUGAUGAACAAUCUGACUUUGUCUGCAACACCCAGCAGCCUGGCUGUGAAAACGUCUGCUACGACCAAGCCUUCCCAAUCUCUCAUGUGCGCUUCUGGGUCUUCCAGAUUAUCGCUGUCGCUACUCCCAAACUGCUUUAUCUUGGCUACGUGCUCCAUGUCAUCCAUGCUGAGAAGAAGGUGUGUAACUCAGUGAGUGUAGUCUGCCAGCAAGAGAGGUCAAGGUGUGAAUCAUCAGACUUAACACACCUGUAGUUGGCGUGUUUUCAAGGCCUAUCUGGAGGUUUGCCCCAGUCAUUUAUAACCAUAAGACAGUAGCUGAUCACAGGGCUGCCAAUUUUCAAAAAAUUACAGGAGUGACGCUUUAGCUUUACGACCUGUGGUCAGCGGCGAAAAAAAUGUGGCCUUUUUAUAACGUCAAUUCAUACUGCACUGUGGCCUUGUAAUGCUGAUAAAUUUUGAAUGUUGGCGCUGAAAGAUAGUUCGAGACCUUACGUUGCCUCUGAUUGGUUUAUAUUGCAUGGAGUUUUCAGUGGUUGGUUAGAUUCUGGCACAGAGGACUAAUGGAUUGGUCUGGGAUCGGUUAUCUCAGUCAGUCAGUAUUGAAUGGGGAAAUAUAAGUGUGAGAAAUGUCAAGUCAAAAUGCGUGACCGUCACACUCAACGCGUAGAACUUGGCAGCUCUGAGAUCAUCAUACAUGAUCAUUUGCAAGACUCAUGACCACAUGAUUCAACAUCUACGUAAUCUUUUAUAACCUGACAAGAAAGCCACAUUCAGCAAUUUUUCUGCUCAGCAAAAAUUCUUCAUUCAGAGACACAUAAAGGUUUUUGCUGGUCUACACAGUGGUCCUUUGUUCAGCAGAGUUACAAAAAAUCAUGAUGAAAUUUUACUUUUUUUUUUUUUUUUUAACCUUUAUUUACUUUUAGACUAGUUUUUUAAAAUUAAAAUUUCUGUUUCAACAACUCAGAAAUGAACACUACAGAACAUCUUUUCCACUCUCAGUUGUGGCGUCAAAACAAUUUCUGUGGCAUCAGAUAAAAAAUAGAAACUUAAUAUCUCCAACAUAUGGACACUUGGAUAUAAAUAAGCAGGAUCAGUUCGAUGGUCUCACAAUAUACCAGUACUGAGGAUAACUGUCUUUAAAAAGAAGAAAGCAUGACAAAAUUGUGCUAAAAAUAAGCAUAGAGUAAUACAUGAGUUCAAAGAAGUGUUUCUUUUACACUGGCGGCCACCACUGACCAUAUAAUAUACGUACAUAGUCAUACAUUUGUGUCUGAAGCAGACUUUUGAAGCCUAUUAGCAAACGUCACCUUAUAGGAAAUGCUGACUCAACCGAAGUUUCAGUUGACCCACCAGACGAGGGUCUUUAACCUCUGUAAAAAUGGCCACACAGUGCCCACCCAUCAGUCAAGUCAGCCAUUCCUCUGAUUUGCCAGACUUGUAAACAAAAGAAUUCACCCCCCGCACAGUCUGUACCAUUGGACGAAGAAGAGGUUGCUAGCAAGGUAGCUGUAGCAGCCCCUUGAGAGAUGACUCAGCACUUUUAAAAAGCUGGUGCCUCUUGGGUUGCCGAUCAACUUCAUGUUUACAUGAUUUUUUAAACUGUUUUCAUUUAGUCAGUAACCUUAAAGCAGCCAAAAGAAAUAAACUUCAAAAUAAAAGCAUAGUUUGACUGAGUAACUGGCUUGGGAAGUUGGACCUCUUCUCGGUUAAUGAAAAAUUAGGCGAUCUUUACAGCGAAAAACUGUUCUUUGUCAUGUCUAUUUCACAAACUUUUACAAUUAAAAAGUCAACAGACUUUGAGAGGUUUAUUGAAGAUCUCUAACUCUGUUUCCCUGUUUUUCUAAAUCAAGAUGAAGGAGAGGAUGAAGAAGCAGUCUGAUGUGGAUGACCCAGCCAGCCUGUUCCUGAGGAGGGCCUAUAAAGUCCCUAAAUACACCAAGAGCACCGGCAAGAUCAGCAUCCGUGGCCGUCUCCUCCGCAGCUACGUCCUCCAUCUUGUGGCGAAGAUUGUCCUUGAAGUUGUUUUCAUCGCAGGCCAGUACCUUCUGUACGGUUUCACCCUCCAGACUCGUUAUGUCUGUGUCAGCUUCCCCUGCCCACAUAAGGUGGACUGCUUCCUGUCUAGGCCCACAGAGAAGUCGGUCAUCAUCUGGUUCAUGCUGGUGGCGGCGUGCGUUUCCCUCGUUCUUAGCGUGGUUGAGCUGGUCUACCUAUGCGUAAAGGCUGUGAAGGAGUGCAUGGCGAGACGGCAGGACUACACCGUGACCCCAGUGACGCCCCCGCUCACGGAGAGGAAGGCUUUUAAACUCAGAGAUGACACUGUGUUGCAAAAUUGCGUCAACCUGGAGUUGGAGCGCCAAGGCCGAAAGUUAGGGGUAAACGGGGUCAACGAGGCUCCGAAGAACGUGGCGCCUGAGAACAACAACAUGGGAGAGGUUCAUAUCUGAGGCAUGGAGGAGGGGAAAGGUUGUAAGUGUCCAAAGCUGCUCACAUCCAGUCAGUGUGUGUUUUGGCUUUAUGUAGAAAAAAGGAGGGGGUGAUUGGGGGAGAGAAUAACCAGCUUGGGUAAACAGGACUCUGUCACAUGGAAAUGUUGCUCAAAAAACUUCUAGUAACUCUGUGAAACAGUUAAGAAACUUGGACCAGAAAUAAUUACAAUUUUACUUAAAUAAACCUCUCAAAUACAG